CAUGUUAAAAAAACUGUUGAAUAUUCAAAACUUUUCUCUUAGCUCUUUCCUUUCAUGUUCCAAAGUACUUUCCCCUUUCAUACUCCUAUUUCCUAUUACCACUCAUUAUUAGAAAAAUAUCCACAAAUAAUAAUUCCCCCCUCUUCUAAAAUGAAUUUUCCACCACCGGAGUUUUUCGCCGGCGCCUCCGACGGCCGUCCAUCUCCGACGAGAAGAGAAUUACAAGGGCCUCGUCCAACUCCUCUUAAAGUCAACAAAGAUUCUUACAAAAUCAAAAAACCUCCGGUCGCUCCUCCGCCGCAUCCCCCGCCGCACGUCGCCGUAUCAACCGCCGCGCCUCCGCCUUCCCAAAACCCUCAAACGGUAAUUAUCUACGCCGUUUCGCCCAAAGUUUACCAUACUACGGUAAGUGAUUUCAUGAGCGUUGUACAAAGACUCACCGGAUCUUCAUCGGAAUCGGAAACUUCAACCUCCGCCGCCGUAGCAGGCGAUGGGAAUUUGUCGCCUGCGGCGAAAUUGGCUACGAUAGAAAAAGCGAGUACUAGUAGUACUAGUCCUUCAUCAUCUGCUGGUGCUGGUGGUGUUCCUUCUAUUUUUCCCAGUACAUCGUACGGUGUCGUUGACUCGAUGGAUGUUUUGGAUAUACUCGGAAAUUCAACGGCGGAAAUGUGUCAGAUUCCGGGGAUAUUGUCGCCGGCGCCGGCGACUUUACCACCAGUAUCGCCGCCGGGGUUAUUUUCGCCGUUUCCGUCAGAUCCAUUUAUGCUUAUGUUAAGUCCAAGUCCGUCAACGUUGUUUUCAGCUCCGUUAAUUUCUCCUUCUCCUUCUGCUUCCGAUCUAUUCCAUCCAUUCUUUGACUUUUAGGUAGACUUUCUUUUUUUUUUUUUUUUUCAAUUUUACGUUUUUUAUGACUUUUUUUUUCUUUUUAGGUUCAAGUAAAAUUGAUGUAUUGGUUAGAGUAUGAUGAGGUUAACUUUUUAUUUGCCCAUUAUUAAAUUAUUAAACAUUGUUGUUUGUACAAUAAUGUAUAAUUGCCACAUUAGUGGGAUUCAACGACAAUUGUAUCAUAGUUGAGUUUCUUUUUUAUAUUCACACUGUAGCUUUUUCCA